GUGCAACAAGCUUAUAAAGCUGAUAUGGCUAAUGUAUUAGCAAAUAGUUCCGUAUUUACACAUCCAGCACACACAGAGAAACAUUACCAUUCUUUUGAAGCUGUGUGUUUGGCCACCUGAUGAAUUGAUGCCUGGCUCAAUGUUUAUAAAGGGUGGGAGGUACAGCAGCACUUGUUCUGACCAAAGACAGCAACCAGGACUGAACAUUAAGCUUCACUAUGGAGAGGCAUGAAAUUUCACUUUGGCUUUUAAAAUAAAGCAACUCCACCAGAGCAAAUUCAUUACCAUCUCAAAGGAACAAUGGAGGACGCAGAGGAUGACAUAGCUGUUAUCGGGAUUGGAUGCAAUUUCCCUGGAGGUGAGGGAUUGGACAAUUUCUGGAUGGUUCUGUUGGAGGGAAAGAACUGUGCUGUUGAUAUUCCAGCAGAGAGGUUUGACACCACUCUGUGGUAUGAUGCUGAUGAUAACAAACCCGGAAAGACACAGACAACCAAAGCAGCUCUUAUAGAAGGGUUUAAUGAGUUUGAUCACAAGUUUUUUGGCAUUACUGAAGCAGAGGCUGAUUUCAUGGACCCUCAGCAGAAACUCCUUCUGCAGUGUGCAUACAGGGCAUUAGAAGAUGCAGGAACAGCUAUGGAAAGCAUUAGUGGAAGCAGAACUGGAGUUUACAUGGGUCUAAUGAACAGUGAUUACGAGAUGCUCCGAAGUGACAGUCCUACUACAAUAACCCACUACAAUGGCACUGGGACAGCAAUGAGUGUGGCUGCCAACAGAAUUUCCUUCACCUUUAAUCUCACUGGCCCUUCUUUUGCCAUUGAUAGUGCCUGUUCUUCAUCUUUGGUGGCUCUACAUUUAGCCUGCCAGGCUAUAAAACAAGGAGACUGUGAGAUGGCUCUGUGUGGAGGUGUCAGCUGUAUAAUAGAGCCAAGAGUGUUUGUUGCUCUCAGCAAGGCAAAGAUGAUCUCACCUGAGGGGACCAGCAAACCCUUCUCCAGCAGAGCAGAUGGUUAUGGAAGAGGGGAGGGCUGCGGUGUAGUUCUCCUGAAGCCUCUGAAAAAUGCCAUAGAAGACUGCAACAAAAUAUGGGGUAUCAUCAGCAAAACAGCAGUCAACCAAGAUGGUCACUCAGUCACUCCAAUCACCAAACCAUCCAUGAUUCAACAAGAGGAACUCCUGCGCAGAAUCUACUCAGAGUCUGACCUUGCAAAUGUCCAGUACAUAGAGGCACAUGGGACUGGAACUCCAGUUGGAGAUCCAACAGAGGCAGGAAGCAUCUCAAAUGUCAUCGCAAAAGCCAAACCUCCUGAUUCUGAGACACUGUGGAUUGGCUCUGUAAAGGGCAACAUUGGACAUACAGAAUCUGCUGCUGGAGUGGCCGGACUCAUUAAGGUACUCUUAAUGAUGAAGCAUGCAACCAUUGUUCCCUCAGUUUUCUACUCAGAAGACAGUGCCAGUGUAGAUGUAAAAGCUUUGCAUAUAAGUAUUCCAAUUAAAGUUGAAAGAUGGGAGACAAAGGGGUCAUUAGAAAAGGUUGCUGGGAUCAACAGCUUUGGGUUUGGAGGUACAAAUGCACAUGUGAUUGUAAGAGAGCACAGACAGACCGCUGUUCCCACACAGAUCCCAAAAGGCUGUCCAAAAAUCUUUGUAAUAUCUGCAGCCUCUGAGAAAUCAUUUAUCCUGUCCAUCACUGACAGCCACCAGAGGCUUUGCAGCGAUCAAACAGUUGACUUACAUGCACUGUCAUACACUUCAGCAUGUAGAAGGAGUCAUUCUAGACACAAAUAUAGGAAGGCCUUCCUAACAUCUUCCCUCUCCGAUUUAGAGCAUCAGCUGACAUCUGCAUUGAAAACAAAGGUUGAGUCAAUAAGGUCUGACAUCCAGUUAGUCUUUGUGUUUUGUGGAAAUGGUGUUGCCUACAGGGGUAUGUGCAAGCAGCUCUUGAGAGAGGUUCCUGUUUUUAGAGAUAAAGUCAGAGAAGUUGAGAAUCUUUUCCAGAGUCAUAAAAGCAUCAGCAUCAGUCAAUGGCUUGCUGGUGACUAUGAUAAUAAUGAUUUCAGCCAGCCAAAUGUUGUCCAGCCCCUUCUUUUUGCGAUUCAGGUUGGCAUUGCCACUCUCCUAAAGCACUGGGGUGUCAAACCUGAUGCCAUGCUUGGACACUCUGUUGGUGAGGUUGCUGCCGCUCACUGUUCUGGUCUCUUGUCUCUUGAGGAUGCUGUGAAAGUUUUGUACCACCGCAGUGCUCUUCAGAGCAAGGUCACAGGAGGGAAAAUGCUUCUUGUUAGUAAUGUGGCUGUAGAAAAGGUAUUAAAAAUCCUUCCAGUCUUUUCUGGGAAAAUCUGUGUCGCAGCGUUCAAUAGCCCCCAGUCCUGCACUCUGUCAGGGGAUGCAGAUGCUAUAGACAUCCUCCAUCAGAGGCUGAAGAUUGUGUUUACAGAGAAAAAUCUCUUUCUUCAUGAACUAGAUGUGCCAGCAGCAUACCAUAGCCAUAUGAUGGAUCCUAUACUAGAUGACAUUGAGAAAAGUAUUGAUCCCUUGGAUGCCAACAAUAAGGAGUGCAAACUUUUUUCAACGGUGACUGGAGACAGUUAUUCAGAUGGUGACUUUAGAACAGGCAGGUACUGGGCAAGAAACAUCCGAGAGCCUGUUUUGUUUGAACAAACACUGCGUGCUGCCACCAAAGAUAAGCAAUCAAGGAGAAAUGUGGUCUUUGUUGAGAUUGGACCUCGUAGGGCUCUCCAAAGGAACAUACAUGAGACUUUGGGAAAUAAUGCCAUAGUUCUUUCCUCCAUCCAGCCAGAGAAAGAUUAUGACACAAUCUUGUCUACUGUGGCAAAACUAUUUGAACUGGGAAUCAGUGUGGACUGGUUUCAGCUCUACAGGGGCUGUGAGACAUUGCCCACAACUUUUCCAGUCUAUCAGUUUGUCAACACAAAGAAAGAACUGAAUUUUGGCGCUGUGAUAAAAGAUGAUGAAUCAUCUGCUUUUUCUCCCCAUAAGCUCAUAUCCCAAAUAAAGCAGGAUAAGAAAGAGUACAUGUGCAACCUCUCAUUAGAGACUGUACCAUAUCUUUGGGAGCAUCAAAACAAUGGUGUUCCCAUUGUGCCAGGCGCGUUCUAUGUCGAACUAGCUUAUGCCUCAGUGAUGGCAAGUUUAAGGCCAAAGAAACCUGCUUCUCUGCUCCAGCUCAGUGUAAGAUUUGACAGUCUGUUCACACUAAACUCAAACUGUCAUCAGUUGAAAGUGACACAUGCAGAGAAUGAGGCUUCAUUUAAAAUACAGUCUUCUGUCACAACACACAGCUCUGGCACAUACAGGUGUACAGAUGACCAACCACUGUUAGAAGAACCAACCAUUUGUCCUGACAUGAUUUCCCAAAGGUGCAAAUUGGUUAUGAAGAAAAAAGAGAUUUAUUCAAUUCUUUCUCAAGCAGGAUUUGAGUAUGGCUCUGUCUUCAAACAGCUUGAUGAUGUGCAUUUUGGAGAUGAAUUCAAGGAAGCUGUGACAGCAAUUCAAGUCCCUGAUGAACUCCUAAAACAUCUUCAUGACUAUUUCAUUCACCCUGUGUUAUUGGACUAUUUCUUGCAAAUGACUGCUGUGGUAGCUAUCGGACGGCUAACAGCCAAACAGGGAUUCCCCUCAGCUAUUGGUAGUGUAGCUAUAUCAGGACCACUACAAGAGGAAAUGGUCAUGUACUUACGAGCCACUCAAGAGACUCCAGACUUCCUCGAUGUAUGUGGUUGCAUUUCCACCCCAGAGGGUCAUGUACUGGUGGAACUUAAAGGGGUGAGGAUCUCAUUUUUGGGCAAUUGCUCAAAUGUUCUUCAGUCAUGGUUCUUCCACAAUGAAGUAAUUGCAAUUCCUGACAAGAGAGACUUGCAAAACAGCAAAAUAAAAGCAAUAGUUUUUGAAGACAAACAUGGCAUUGCUAAAGGACUUAGGCCAUACAUACACCCAGAGUCAGCAUUGGUGGAGAGCAGAGAGCAUUGGAUGGCAGACCAAGUUCAAAAAUCAGUGUUCCACUCACUUAACACCAAUGUGGAAUUGGAAAAUGUUCUCUUCAUUUGGGGGGUAGAGGACCUCAGUCACUUGUCAUCUGAGAAGAUGCUGGACUGCUUGGUGACUUGCUGUGAGCUAUUUCGGCAGAUUGUUUUAGCCUUGAAAGAGAGCAAACGCUCUUGCACUGUACACGUCAUAACCUAUAGAUCAACAGAAAUGAUUGUGGACCAUGUCAGUCCUGGUUUUGUGCUGUCUGGUAUGACAAGGGCUUGUGCAACAGAGAUGGUGGGUCUCUCUUUUCACCUGAUUGACCUUGCUUCUGUGACCAGUGAAGACAUUCAAACGCUGGUUCAUGUAAUAAACACCUACAAACAACAAGAGGUCAUGAUCAGCAAAGGGCAAGCAUCAACAACAAGAAUAGUACGGACCCCCAUGAGGGACGGGGCUUUACGUGAAGGAGAUAUGCGCUCAGAAUAUCUGAGCAACUUUGUUCUACAGACAACUGAUCCAUACACUAUGGCUCACUUGUCUGCCAUUCCCUAUGACACAAAUGUAAAUCCUGUCCAAGAGAAGUCAGUUGAGAUUCAGCUAACCAAUGUAUGUGUGCAUUCAUCUGAUUACUUUCCUGUCACCACUUCACAUUUGAACUUUGGCAAGACAAUCUAUUGGCACAAGCAUACGUCACAGAAUCACAAGCUUCUUGCUUUAGAUUUUAGAGGCAUUGUCACAGCUGUUGGGAAAGAUGUUUGUAAUCUAAGAGUGGGAGAUGAUAUUGCUUCAUGUUAUCCAGUUGCUGCCACUGCAAAGAUUAUAAUUCCUGAAGCCGUGUGCUACAGCACAAGGAGACUCCCAUUUCUGAAAGAGACUCCAUGUGUGUCUUACUUCAUACUGGCAUGGGAGAUCCUGCAGAGAAUGCUGUCUAAGGUAAAACAACAGCACAGAAAGCUGGUCAUUAUCUCCUCCAACUCAGCCUCUGCUCUGAUGAAAGUUUUGGCUCUGACAGCAAACAGGUCAGGCUGGAAUGUUUCCUCUCUGCCACAUUUCAGAGGAGAAUCUCUACAUUUUGUUCAGAGUCAUGCAUUUGUUUUUCUUCCCCCAUUUGAUCACUCUUGGCAGUGGAUGUAUGACAGUGGUGGUCAUGAAAGACACAUUAUUUUUGUAUGUAACAAUCACAUGUCUUCCUCACUCUCAGCAAACAUGUUUGCAUUGAAGAGUGAACACAUGCAUGUACAUAAACUUGAUGUGGCUAAUGUUCUCCAGAGAGCCAAUCUACAAGUACAAAACAGGAAUGUCUCUAAUUGGCUAAUGUCAUUAGGCUUUGAUGCAAUAUCUCUGCCUUUGAAAAGGGAGACUUUUCAAUUAUCAAGCACAAAAGAGCCUCAUACCAAUGCAGAUGCUGAGUCCUACUUCACAACAACGUUGGUGCAGCAAGUUGCUCUAGAUCACAGAGAAUGUGAUAGUCCAGUAUCUGAUAUCCCUUUGCUUGCAAGGCAUGGACAACUCUUUAAACAAAGCUGUGUUUAUAUUGUAACUGGAGGGCUCUCUGGAUUGGGACUUGAGACGGUAAAGUUCAUUGCCCACAAUGGUGGAGGUUGUAUUGCAACACUGUCCAGAAGUACUCUGACUGAUGAAAUGCAGUUUGAAAUGGAACUUCUCCAGAGAAGACAUGGGGUGACAAUCAUAAAUGUCCAAUGUGACGUUUCUGUGUCGAUGCAGGUAGUGGAUGCAAUCUCAAAGAUUGAACAAAGAUUCUCCUCUUGUCCAAUCAAAGGAGUGUUUCACAGUGCUGCAGUAUUACAUGAUGCGUUGAUUGAAACCCUUGAUCAGUCCCUCUUCAGAAAGGUGCUGCAGCCCAAAGUGAGUGGGGCUCUAAACCUUCACUAUGCAACACUUCGCAACAAACUGGAUUUCUUUGUGUGCUACUCCUCCAUAUCUUCAUUCAUUGGCAAUCCCUCACAAUGUAACUAUGCAGCAGCCAAUUCCUUCCUCGACACAUUCUGUCAUUAUCGGAGAAACCUUGGACUUGCUGGACAGUCCAUUAACUGGGGUCCUCUGAACCUCGGUCUCUUGUUGAACAAAGACCAUUUCCAAAAAUUCUUGGAGGCAAAAGGGAUGAUGAUAAUGGAUGUGUGGGACAUUCAAAAGGCACUUGAACAGUGUCUUCUGAUGAACAGACCACAACAAGUCAUAUGCAAAUUCAACUUCAAAAAUCUUAACAUUCAUGUACUUUCACAAAAUGCAUCUCUCAGAGAGCGGCUGUCAGCUUUAGUGGAAAUGGAGAUAAAAGAUGAUAUAAGUAAUGAACCUAGGGUUCAGGAUUUGUCUUCCACACAUGAAAGUGUAAGAACUAUUGUCAGUGACAUCAGCAAUAUUAGUGUAGAUGAGCUGGAUGAUGACUCAGCUCUGUGUGCACUGGGUAUUGACUCGAUGUUGGCCAUGACUCUGCAGAAUAAGAUUUUCCAAGAGACCGGCGUAAAUGUACCUUUGGUUAGAAUAUUGGACCCCAACAGUACACUGGCCACUUUGGCAACUAUUGUAAUAAAUAAUGGAUAAUUUCAUGUACUACAUCAAAGAAUACUUUGAAUGAUGUGUAAGAAAGGGUUUUGUGAAUGUAUGAGAAUGUUUGUAAUUAAUUUUAGUUUUUGCACAGGGACUGCACUGUUUAACCUCUGUAGUAUUGUUCUCAUAGCAGUCAAAUUGAUUGAAAUUCUUUGUAGUAGGCUUGUUUAACAACCCCACAAUAAUCUUUUAUAGUUAGUAAGUAUAUGUUAUAGUUGUUUUUCCACUGGCAUCUUUGCUCAGUCACAAAUUUUUGAAUACAGUGCUGUAUUACUUUCUGAUUUUUAUUGUAAUGUGUAUAUUUAUGUUGCUGACAAGUUCUCUGUAGAAAAUCUGUACAAUAACUGUGAUCGUUAAUGUGCUACGGUUACAUUUCCUGGGUAUGUUAAGAACUGAGAGUCAGCUUGCAGUUUUACAUUAAAAUAUACUUGAUCAUGUCUUAAA